UGAAAAGGGUGGGGGUAUUGCAUUCCCUUUUGCUUUGCGCUCGGAGUGCGUUGGUGACUGCCUGCCCCACACAGCCUUUGUUUGCUUCUGGGACAGAGCCUGUGGACUUUCUGUGUCCGCCUCUCAAGGAGACUGCGAUCCUUCUCAAUCCGGCUGAGCGCUAUGAAGAGCACGGGCAAACCUGAAAAUGUCAGCGGACUCUUUUGGUGCAGGGGGAAGCGAUGCCCAGCAGAACCUGCAGUCCUUUUGGCCCAGAGUCAUGGAGGAGAUCAGGAACCUCACCCAGAAGGAUUUUCGUGUGCAGGAGCUUCCACUCGCUCGCAUCAAGAAAAUCAUGAAGUUGGAUGAGGAUGUGAAGAUGAUCAGCGCUGAGGCACCAGUGCUUUUUGCCAAAGCAGCUCAGAUCUUCAUCACAGAGCUUACUCUCAGAGCGUGGAUUCACACUGAGGACAACAAACGCCGCACACUACAGAGAAAUGACAUAGCCAUGGCCAUCACCAAGUUUGACCAGUUUGACUUCCUAAUCGACAUUGUUCCAAGAGACGACCUUAAGCCGCCUAAACGACAGGAGGAGGUUCGUCAGACUGUAGCCUCAACAGAGCCAGUGCAGUACUACUUCACGCUGGCACAGCAGCCUGGAGCCGUACAGGUGCAAGGCCAGCAACAAGGCCAGCAGGUGGCAACACCCACCGCCACCACUAUUCAACCAGGCCAAAUAAUUAUCGCCCAGCCCCAGCAAGGCCAGGUGUUGCAGGGGGCCACCAUGCAGCAGCUACAGCAGGUGCAGGUAGCUCAGUCACAAGAUACUCCCAUCACGAGCGCUCCAGUGACCAUGCAGGUGGGUGAGGGCCAGCAGGUGCAGAUAGUGCAGGCGGCUGCGCAGGGGCAGGCUCAGGCCCAGCCGGUGCAGCCGACCGGCCAGACCAUGCAAGUCAUGCAGCAGAUCAUCACCAACACAGGAGAGAUUCAGCAGAUCCCUGUGCAGCUGAAUACAGGAGGGCUGCAGUACAUCCGCCUAGCUCAGCCAAUUUCAGGAACACAGAUAUCACAAACAGAAGUGCAGCAAGGACAACAGCAGUUCAGUCAGUUCACUGAUGGUCAGCAGUUGUAUCAGAUCCAGCAGGUAACGAUGCCAGUGGGGCAGGAGCUGACUCAGCCCAUGUUCAUUCAGUCAACGAGCCAGACGGCUGAUGGCCAGGUCAGCACGCAGGUCAGCGCUGACUGAUGCUCUUCACCUUCUCUCUGAUGCCCAGGCACUGCCAGCGCAAUAACCACACUGUUUCAAACCAGCUCGAUCAGAGGGAUUACCACCAUAAAUACCCACAAGGCACAAUCAAACAACUCGCAGUUAUUUAGGCCUCUUGCGUAAGAGCAAUAUGCAAUUACAGUAUGGCCCAAUGCUCUAUCUGCACUAAGCUUUGACUGUCCAAAUUACUUUUCCUCUAUCAAAAUUUUACCUUUGUCUUUUCAGAAGUUGUAAUGUUAAAGUUUGGAUCAUCACACUGUGCCAGACGUUUAUUACUCUUCCCCACUGGGACCAAUCCUGGGUAGUUUUUGCCAUUCCAUUGCACUGAAAUGUCUGGCAACACACAUUUAUACAUUUCCACUAUCUUCAGCCAAACUAAGUCAUUAGGUGUAUGCAUAAUUCCAAAGGUCUUAAUGUGGCCAAUCAGCAUAGCUGACAUGUUUUUUUCCCAUAAUGACUGGUAGAAACCUUGUGUUUAAGUGUUUAGUGUGGUUAUAUAGUAGUGAGCAUAAUUUUAAACACUCAAGCAUCAAAAACCAUUUAUAGAUCUUUAAUGGUCUCUGAUGUUUUUUUCCUCAAAACAGUUUUGGUGUAGGUAGAGCAUGUCUUGGUUGCAUCUGAUGAAUAUUUAGAUCGAAAGCUCCCUGUUGUUUUGGGCACAGAUCCUUAAAAACCUUGUGUACAAGGCCUAAAGAACAGUCUAUCUGGACAUUGUGUGGUACAGAAAAAAUGUGUUGCUUCUGUCCUGGCUCAAAUUUCUAUUAAGUCCUUAUUCAUGCAGUUUGUUGAUCAUGCCAUGUUGUGUUUAAUUCAAAAUGUAAUGAUGAAGCCAUAUUCUACACAUUCUGUAUGUGCUUUUUGUAGUUUUGUGUAACUAGUUGAUUUUAAUUGUAUUAGUUUUUUUAUUAGUUACUUGUAUAGAUUCAGACUUGAAAAUGUGAUUGUUUAAAGGGCUUUGAAUGGGGGGGGAAGGGAAUUUCUACAUGCAAAGUGUAUCUGUGGGUGGUUUGCUACAGGGUGUGUGAGUGGAACUGUGUAUGUAUCCCUAGUGUUUAAUACUGUGCAUUAAAGCCUCCCUUGGGACUAGAUUUAAA